UGCGCUCGAAAAUAUGUCAAAUGCUGUUCGUUUCUUCUUCUUUCUACUUCGAACGCGUUUUGUGUGUGUUAACUUUCCUCAACAAAAAAAAUUAAUAAAAUUAAUUUAGUUUUGCUUUAUUUUAAUAAAACAACGAAAUAUAUUUUGUUAUUUAACGAAAACGGAACAACGCGACACAAAUAACACAAACGCAAAAAUGUGGCCAAAAAAAUACGAAAACAACGAAUUUUAGUGCUAGAAAAAUUGAUGUGAAGAAAAAGUAAAAAAAAAUCAACUUAAGAAAAAUAUCGAGCCAACUUUAAGGCGUACGCCAGUGAAAGUUUUCUACAGAUUUUCUUAAGAUAAAAAAGGAAAUUGUUUCUCAAACGUAUAUAAAUACGUAUAAUAAAAUAAAAUUAAAGUUGCAAAUCGAAAUGAAAUAAAAUAAGCAGAAAAGUGUUAUUACAAAAGUGACGAGUGAUUUCCAUUUUGGAAAUAAAAAAAAAAUAUUUUGUUUUGGUUUCUUUUUGAAUUUUAACAAAAGAAUCAAGUUACACGCGCUAUGCCCGAGCAGAGCAACGAUUACAGAGUCGUUGUCUUCGGUGCAGGCGGCGUGGGAAAAAGUUCGCUGGUGUUGCGCUUCAUAAAGGGCACAUUCCGGGAAAGCUACAUACCGACCAUAGAGGAUACCUAUCGUCAGGUUAUAAGCUGCAAUAAAAAUAUUUGCACUUUGCAAAUAACGGAUACCACAGGUUCACAUCAAUUUCCGGCAAUGCAGAGAUUGUCGAUAUCGAAAGGACAUGCAUUCAUAUUGGUGUACUCAGUGUGCUCAAAGCAGAGUUUAGAGGAACUUCGACCAAUAUGGGCAUUAAUUAAGGAGCUUAAGAAUAAUCAACAACAGGGACAGGAUAUUGCCAAUAUACCGGUAAUGUUGGUGGGUAAUAAAUGUGAUGAAAGUGCUGAAUUACGUGAAGUCUCACAAGUCGAAGGACAGGCACAGGCCACCGCCUGGAGUAUAUCAUUUAUGGAAACAUCAGCCAAAACUAAUCACAACGUAACCGAGCUUUUUCAGGAACUGCUUAAUAUGGAAAAGACGCGCACAGUUUCACUGCAAUUGGAUACCAAAAAACAAAAGAAACAAAAAAAAGAAAAGAAAACCAAGGAAACUAAUGGUGCUAUACCGGAAAAUGGUGAAGGCACCAGUGGUGCCAAAGAGAAAUGCCAUGUUAUGUAAGACUACAGUGAGUCGAGCUAACAAAACAAAGGAAGUCGAUGAAAAGUUUUUGCUUGCACAAGGCAUGAGGGGAGAGUAAAGAAACCAAUUUGCUUUAAUUUAUACUCGUCGAAGUUAAGUUUGCUUUAUAUUCGUAUUUUUAAGGAAAUUUUACUCAUUGAUUUAAGCGUUUAUUAUAACCGAAAAUUAGUUUAAAGGUUUUUAUUUGAUAUGUAAUUUAAUUAGAAAUUAAUUUCAUUUUCAUUCAUCAAAACGCUUAGGUUCACAUUUCU